AUGUCACAACCUAGUAUGUCAUUCUUUCAAACUCGUUAAAGGGCUAUCUACUCGGAAGUGAUUAAUCCUGAAAACUCGGUAAUGUACUAAGACUUGUCAUAUCUACCAGAUAUAACUUUAAAUACGACUAUGAAAUAAAAGGUUCCUAAGGCUUAUUCACUAAAGAAAACUACGAAUACAUCGAGACUAUCUGGGGCUCAUUCAAUUUAGAAGAUUUCUGAGGAAUUGGUGGUGGAGCCAAAAGUGCUUGAACCAUAUGAGCCGAUUGGAGAUAACAUUCCAAGAAAAGUAGCAAUCAACAGAAAACAGAAGCUUUAUGCAUCAUUUAAUAUACUGCAGUUAUUAGAUUAAGAAGGUAUUGACUUAAAUAUGACAAAUCCAUAAGUACAGUGGUUACCACUUGAACUAUUUGAUGAUAAUUCUAAUGACGAUUAUCCAAAUGAGGAUUGGAUUAAAAGAAGAGUGGAUGAGGAAGGCAGAAACAGAAAACUAUAUGCGACUUGUUUGUUGAAGGAAGAUGGUAUUUAUGAAGCAAGAAGAUGUGAAAUAAUAGAAUAUAAAGAUGGCUUAUUUAGUGGGAAAUUAAAGGAAAAAGAUGGAAGAGAUUUUAAAGCUCAUAGAUUAUAUAUUUGUUUUGAUGCUGAAGAUCCUCGUAAAUUUGUUAAAAGGUUGGGAACAGCAUUGAAAAAUAGAGAACUUGCUGACAGCAGAGUCAGAUAUAAUUACUUUAUUGAUGGGAUGCCAAUCCAAGAUUUAAGUGAAUUGGAUACAGAACAAAAACGAAGAUUAGAAUAAUUGGCAAAGACAAAGAAAUUAGAAAAUUUAGAUACCACAGCUUUGAUUGCAGAAGUUAAUUAUGAUUAUAUGAGGACAAUGAAUAAAAUCAUUUUUGAUAGAUAUUUAGAGUAUGAAGAUGAAGAAUUAAAUUUAUAAAUAGAUGAAGAUACAUCUAAAUAAGUACCUUAUUAUGGGAUGUUCCCAGUGAGUAAGGAGAAAUAAUUGGAGAUGUAUAACCCAAGGGAAAUCACUUAGAUUGAUCCUAAGAAUUUCAGAGAAACUUUCAAGGAUUUUUGUUUCAGCACUCUCUUUAUUAAAACUGAAGUGAUUAGAGCAUUAUAAGAGAUCAGAUAUGAAUGCAAUAAGAUGUAAGAAUUUGAGAUCUUCAAUUUUCAAAUAGACAAGGUGAUGGUUUUGGAAGAAUUUAAACAUGUGCAAGAGAGUUCAAUCUCAUAAAUGCUUUAUUCUUUAAGAGGGUCUUGGAUUUAGGAUUUAUUAAAAAUCAUGAAGACUUACUUUUCAGGAGUUGGCAAAGGAUGGUUUAACAUGAAGGAAUCAAAUAAGAUCACUUAUGAUUUUGGUAAAUUGAAAAGAUUCUUAAAUGUUGUAAGAUUGAUGAUGUAGGAUACUGUAUAGAGUUUGGUAGAAAACAAUUAUAAAAGAUUUGUUAAUUAUUUGAAAUCGUUCAUUCCUGAUGAGGUCAAUGUAGAUGAUCCAUCCAAUAUCAUCAACAAAUAUAAAGUAGUUGGAGUCAAACCAAUAUUUACUAUUGAUAUGAUUAAAACUAACGAUGAUAAAGAAUUUCUUUAUUCAACAUCUCCCAUGAAUUUUGUGAAUAUGAUCAUCCAUUUAUUUGACAAGACUCUUGAUGAAAUUACAAAAGUACCUGAUUUGGAACCUAAAUUACUUACUGAUCUUUAUAAAUAGAAAACAGAUUCUUUCAUUAAAACUCCAGUGAAACCAAAAGAAAGACCCUAGACUCCAAAUCCAAAUGAAAGACCAAAGAAGUAUCCAGAUGAAAAUAAGUGGAUCUGGUUGUUGAUUGAACACAUCAGAGAAGAAUUGAUUAGAGGAAUCAAACCCUUGGAGGACUAUCUAAAAAUAUUUGAGAAAUUCAAACCCAUUUUGUAGAUGAAUCCUGAUGAUGAGAUUAGAAGAAUUGAAAUGGAUGAUAAUCCUUGGGAAAUAGAUUAACUUAAAGAAGAAAUAUUCAAAUACAAUAAAAUGGAAGAAGAACUCAAGACUUAAAUUCCUGAUAUUGUAGAGGUUUCAAUAUUUUAAGUUUAAUGUAGAGAAAUUAAAAUGUAUCUAUGUGAGAAAUACUCCAUGAUUAGCAAAUUAUUGAUUGAUAUGAUAGCAAGGAGAGCAAGAAAGAAGACAAUGGAAAUCUUCUAAGAUUAUUAGAGAAUAUAGAGUAAAAUUAAAGAGAGCCCUAAUAACAUCGAGAAAUUAACAGAUAUCAAAGAGUUUAUGCAGAAUUUACCGAAUGAAGUUGACAAAUUGAAAAUUGAAACUUAGAAAUGCUUUGAUAUUUAUAAAAUAUUAGACGAAUUUAGUUAUAGAGGAUUUUAAAAAGAAGAUUUGGAUAGAAAAUGGUAUGUAUUUGGAUGUCCUAAAGAUACUUUUGAUUUGGUUGCUAAAAGACAAAAGGAUAUGGAAAAAGAGAAAGUUAAAUUUUAGGAUGAAAUGAAAGUUUCACAAGAAGAGUUUAAAGAAAGUAUUGAUAAUUUGGAAAGAACCAUCUAAAAUUUCAGUUAGCAUUAAGCUCUAAAGAAUCAUGCUGAAAUUGCAUAAACUGCUUAAGAUGUUAAUAAAUACUUAGCAGAAUUUUAAGACUAAGCUCGUAAGUAUAAUUCUAGAGAGGCCUUGUUUGAUUAGGAAUAAACUGAUUACAAUAAAAUUACUAUGCUCUAAAGAGAGUUUCAACCCUACAGCAAUUUAUGGAUAACUACUAAUUAAUGGUUUACUAAUCAAGAAUCUUGGUUUAAGGAUGAAUUACCUACAAUUGAUGCUGUUGCUGCUGAAAAAUGGGUUGAAGAGGCAAUCAGAAUAUUAAUUGGAUCUUGCAGGUAAUUCAAAGAUAAAGAUCUCCAAGGUGUACUAAAAAUUGCUACUUCAAUUAAGCAACAGAUUGAGGAGUUUAAACCAAAGGUUCCAUUAUUGGUUGCACUUCGUAAACAAGGAAUGAAGGAGAGACACUGGUUAGAAUUGAAAAACAGAAUUGGAUUUGUUAAACCUUAACCAGAAAGUGAAUUCACUUUUACAAAGGUAUUAGAAAUGGGGCUAAUGUAAAAUGUUGACGUUUGUGUUGAAGUUGGAGAAAAGGCAUAAAAAGAAUAUAUGAUUGAAACAAUGUUAGAUCAAAUGGAGACUAUAUGGGAAGGAAUCAACUUUUAAUUGUUGCCUUACAAAUCAAUUACAUUUAUUAUUAGAGGUUAUGAUGAGAUUCAAUAAGUGCUUGAUGAACAUAUUGUCAACACUUAAGCGAUGUCUUUCUCACCUUUCAAAGGUCCAUUUGAAGAUAGAAUCAAUAAUUGGAAUACAACUCUUAAAAUGACCUCAGAUGUUCUAGAAGAAUGGUGUAAAUGUCAAGCCUAAUGGAUGUAUCUAUAACCUAUUUUUGACUCACCAGAUAUUGCAAAAUAAUUACCUGCAGAAACUAAGAAAUUCAAAACUGUAGAUUAAACUUGGAAGCAUACGAUGACAUAAGCUAAAACUUAUGCUCAAGUCUUGAGAGUUUGCACUUAAGAGGGUUUAUUGGAGAGAUUGCAGGAGGCUAAUAAGAAUUUAGAAAUAAUUUAAAAGGAACUUAACAAUUAUUUGGAAAAGAAAAGAGAAAAAUUUGCAAGAUUCUAUUUUCUUUCAAAUGAUGAUUUACUAGAAAUCUUAUCACAAACUAAAGAACCAACAGCAGUCUAACCACAUUUAAGAAAAGUAUUUGAAAACAUCAAUUCAAUUGAAUUUGAUGAUGCAAAAAAGAUUCAUGCAAUGUAUUCAGCUGAAGGUGAAAAAGUAGGUUUCGUUAAGCUUUUAGAUCCAAAUAAAAAAAAUGUGGAAGAUUGGAUGGGAGAAGUGGAAGAUAUGAUGAAAUCAAGUGUGAGAUAAGCAUUAGUAAAUAGUGUUUCUGAUUAUUAAGUGAAACUUAGACAUGAGUGGGUUUAAUUACAUCCUGGAUAGUGUGUUUUGAAUGGCUCUCAAAUUCUAUGGACGAAAGAAGUGGAAUAAGCUAUAAAAAGUAAUAGUGUUAUGGAAUAUUGGGAGAAAACAUUGAAAGCCUAGAUCAAUAAAUUAGUUGAAUUAGUAAGAACCAAAUUAACAAAGUAACAGCAAACUACUAUAAAUGCAUUAAUUGUUAUUGAUGUUCAUGCAAAGGAUGUUGUGGAGAAAUUAUUUAAAGAAAAUGUUACUGACGUCAGUGCUUUUGAAUGGAUUAGUUAGUUACGUUAUUAUUGGGAAAAUGAUGAUUGUUUUGUUAAGUGUGUUUAAACAAAUUUCCCAUAUGGUUAUGAGUAUUUAGGAAACACUCUCAGAUUAGUGAUUACUCCUUUAACAGAUAAGUGCUAUAUGACUUUGAUGGGUGCCCUAAAAUUAAAUCUAGGAGGUGCUCCUGCAGGACCAGCAGGUACUGGAAAAACAGAGUCAACGAAAGAUUUAGCAAAAGCAUUAGCUAAAUAAUGUGUAGUGUUUAAUUGUUCUGAUUCUAUGGAUUAUUUGAUGGUAGGUAAGUUCUUUAAGGGUUUAGCAAGUGCAGGUGCAUGGUGUUGUUUUGAUGAGUUUAAUAGAAUUAACAUUGAGGUGCUAUCUGUGAUUGCAUAAUAAUUAUUGGUGUUAUUUGGAGAGAAGGCAAAAGGAACUCCAUAAAUAGAAUUCGAAGGAUCAAUUAUUAAAAUCUAAGCCACUUUCUCAGUGUUUAUUACAAUGAAUCCUGGUUAUGCUGGUAGAACUGAAUUGCCUGAUAAUUUAAAAGCUUUGUUUAGAGGUGUAGCUAUGAUGGUUCCAGAUUAUGCUUUGAUUGGAGAAAUUAUGUUCUAUUCAUUUGGAUUUGAACUCGGAAGAGAAUUAGCUAAGAAGAUGGUUGCAACAUUUAAAUUGAGUUCAGAAUAAUUAAGUUCUUAAGACCAUUAUGAUUAUGGAAUGAGAGCUGUUAGAUCAGUUAUUAACGCUGCUGGUAUUUUGAAAUAACAAAAUCCAACUAUGGAUGAGGAGUAACUACUAUUAAGAGCAUUGAGAGAUGUUAAUGUUCCUAAAUUUUUGAAGGAUGAUCUCCCUUUGUUUGAGAAUAUUAUCAAUGACUUAUUCCCUGGAGUUGAGAAGCCAGUGUAUUCUUAUGGCGAUUUAUUGGAGGACUUAAACAUCUGUUGUUAAUAACAGAAUCUAUAAAAUGUAAAGGUGUUUAUUGAUAAAUGCUUAUAAUUAUAUGACACAAUCUAAGUGAGACACGGAUUGAUGUUAGUAGGUCCAACUGGAGGUGGCAAAACAUCUACAAUUACAACUUUACAAAAAGCUAUGUCAUGUAAAUUGAAGGUACAUACUCAUAUCUUAAAUCCAAAAUCUAUUACAAUGGGUUAAUUGUAUGGACAAUUUAAUGAAUAAACUCAUGAAUGGACAGAUGGUGUCUUAGCUUAUAUAGUGAGAGAAACUGUAAAAGAUGAAUCAGGUGAAAAACAUUGGGUUAUUUUUGAUGGACCUGUGGAUGCCUUGUGGAUUGAAUCAAUGAAUACAGUACUGGAUGACAAUAAGAAAUUAUGCUUAAACUCUGGAUAGAUCUUAACAUUAACUCCAUACAUGACGAUGAUGUUUGAAGUAGAAGAUUUGGCAGUGGCAUCUCCAAGCUACAGUUAGUAGAUGUGGUAUGGUUUAUAUGGAACCUGA